AUGGGCCUCAAUACCAAACGAAUCACCGCUUCCACUUCCUCCACACGACACUUGGGAUUCUUCAAUGAGCGAAUGAUCACCGGAGUCGUGAAAAAAGAGUUUGAAGGAGAGACUCUUGGCAUUGCCUUUCGUGAUGAGAAGGGCGGUGUUGUCUUGGGGAGACUCAAUUCUCGCUUUGAGAAAGAGACCGACCUAGUCUCUGGACUCAAGGUUCUUCACAUCAAUGGAACUCCUGUGGAAUCCGCAACCCACGGUGCCACAUUGGUGCGAUCCGCGCCCGCUGGUUGCAGCAUCAACGUGGCCGUCGAUGCCAUGUCCAUCAAGGUUACCAAGAAGUGGCGAUCGGACAAGACCGGGCUCUUGUUGGAAGGCUCUGCGGACGGAGUCCGAAUCAGUCAGGUCAAUGACAAGGGGUACUUUCCAACACUCCAACCGGGACAAAAACUGGUGGCCAUCAACGGGCUUCCGGUCCAAAAUCUCAAGCAUGCGGUCAACAUGCUCACCAACAACAAGACCCUCCACAUUGUCGUUGUCACGGAUGAUGACGAUACCAUGUACUCUUCAUCUUCCAGAUCUCUUGGUUCUUACUCUCCUUCCAGUUCGGUCAUGGAUGAAGUGGAACUAUUGGAACCCAUUCAUUUCCAAAUGCAAGACUUGGAAGAAGAAGAAGUUGUGGCUGCGGUUGUUGUUGCUGCGCAGUAA